UUCGUGCUUGGGUUCGGGUCCGGGUCGGGCUUGACGGGCACGGGAAGUGGGACUUCCUUGGGGGUACGGCGGCUGCAGCCGGAUCGCACUGCACGCCAUGUCCAGGAAGAAGACCCCUAAGAGCAAGGGGGGCAGCGUGCCUGCUGCCUCCUCCGCGCUGCCCGCCACCAAAGGGCCCCGGUCGGCGCGCCCUGGCCCGGAGGCGCCGCCCAACAGGCCCCCGCAGUCCGGCCGGCCUUCGCUGGGCAGCGGCGGUGACUUCUACGAGGUUGCUUUUAAGGUCAUGCUGGUGGGGGACUCUGGUGUGGGGAAGACCUGCCUGCUGGUACGCUUCAAGGAUGGGGCUUUCUUGGCUGGCACCUUCAUCUCCACUGUGGGCAUCGACUUUAGGAAUAAAGUUCUGGAUGUGGAUGGCAUGAAGGUCAAGUUGCAGAUCUGGGACACUGCCGGUCAGGAGCGGUUCCGCAGCGUCACCCACGCCUACUACCGGGACGCUCAUGCACUGCUGCUACUCUACGAUGUCACCAACAAGGCCUCCUUUGACAACAUCCAGGCCUGGUUAACAGAGAUCCAGGAGUACGCUAACAGGGAUGUGGUGCUUAUGCUCUUGGGGAACAAGGUGGAUUCUACCCAAGAACGUGUGGUGAAGAGGGAGGAUGGGGAGAAACUAGCUAAGGAGUAUGGGCUGCCUUUCAUGGAGACCAGUGCUAAGACGGGCCUCAACGUGGACUUGGCCUUCACAGCCAUAGCCAAGGAGUUGAAACAUCGCUCCGUGAAGGCUCCCAGUGAGUCCCGCUUCCGGCUGCACGACUAUGUCCGGAGGGAAGGUCGAGGGGCGUCCUGCUGCCGAACCUGAUCUGACUUGACCUGUCUCACAAUGGAGGAAACAGCCCAGCCCAGGAAGGCUGCUAAAGGCGUCUAUAGGCCCUUUUUGACUUCGCCCACCCAGGCUAUCUGUUUCCAGCUCUCUUGGGCCAAGUUUCACCCCUUUCGUUCCAGUGGCUAUCUCAGUCCUCUGCCCCCACAACAAGCAGGUCACAAAACCAUCCUGGAAAGAUCAAAGGUCUUGGGCCCGGACCUCAGAAGUGCACAAACCGUCAUACAGCACUUUGCUGCCCCCUUCUGGGCGCUCCCAGCUCAGCAGGGAACAGGCCAGCACUCGAUACAAUGCCUAACCCCCCAUUAAAGCCACGUGCUCAGCCCAUUGCUCAAGCAAGACCCCUACACCCAGGACCGAGGGCUUUAUUGCUGGUCACAUCGUGGAUAACAGCCAUUGGCUCUCAGCCCACGCAACAGGAGGCUGUGAUAUAGGAAAUAGCAUGUGUGAAACCAGAUUAAGUAAGGAAAUCCAUGGUUGCCAAGUUCCCUCCAUCUUGUACUAAAGUCACCAAACCACUUGAUUGCAGUCUGUUCAGUCCCAGUGAAUAAAGAUGUGUUUUCUGGAA